AUGUUCCGUCACUCUUACCUAUCACCACCACUGACGGCGAUGAAGACAACUCCCUCCUGGAUAUCACCAGAAGCCGUAGCCACAGUGGGAUAUAUGGCAACUUAUUUCGUGGUUUUCUGCGACGGUUCUUGGACUAUUGGACAUCCACACUGCUAUGGGUUUCCUAUGCUCUGGUUGGUACGCGCAGUUUCCCUAGGUUUUCUUCACCAUUUUGAGCUAUUUCCACCUAGUUUCAAUCGCAGUAGCGACCUCUUGCGUUGGAUGUAUUCAGAUUGUAGUUAUGAACUUGGUCUAGGGGCGCGGAACGUUCUCUUGUUUGAAUUUAUUGUCGGUAUAUGCGUCGGACCAGACCUAACCAGAUUCUCAUAUCGAGGCGUUCUUACUUCCGACCCCAAGACGAAGGCCAGCGUCAUCGCAUGGAAAUUGAUCCUUGGCGUUUCGAGGAUAAGCGGAGACAGUAACCCCCGUUUGUUGUUCCGCCAAGUCUUCUGCCCUUCGACGUCUUGGAGACACGACUUGUUAUGUUCGUGGAUAAUGAGAUGUUUCGAGGGCAAAGUUUACGAGGAGUUUACGUUCAAAAGGCUGAUUCGUCGUCUCAUCUUUCAUGUUGAUUCUCUUCUAAUCCAUCGUUAUGCACAGGUUCCCAACGCGACGGGCGCUCAGUACGAUAUAAAUGAGGACAGAUCUACUUUUGCUGAUAUGGCUUGUGUGAUGAGCAAUACCAUUUUGGCUCGCAUCUUCAACGUGACAGCACUCCUUUGGAAUGCACCACCAAUGAAAGGCAGCAUCGUCGAUACGCUCGAAGGAACGAAUAAACGGUCACCAGCAACUGAUUGA